AUGCAGAAGUUAACGGAGCAGUUGCAGCGUAUGCGCGGUCCAUCAGCGGCUGCGCACUCGCCAGAGCGACAGGAUGUGGGCACAACGAGGGCGGGGGGUGAAGGAAAAUGGAAAGAACAACAGGACGUGGGGAGAGGUGGUAGUCAAGACAACCCAGGCAGUCAAGGCCACUCAGAACUUAGCUCAGACAUGCGCAAGGUGCUCGAGGUGCUGCAACGAUUGGAGGAAGAAGUUGGGAGGCAGAAACGUAUAGUGCAGCAAGGGGGUGGGAAGCGAAGCAGUGACACAAUCCAGCUGCCCAAUUGGGACCUUGUUGCUAAAGAUGUGUUGCUAUCUGGUUUGGCCGUCCGCCCGGGAGCAGCAGUACAGAUGUUCCCUGUGACUAUAACCGCAGCGGGGAUGGAGUGGCGGCCUUGGGAUGCUAAAGUGAUUACACAAUUGAUUAAAACAAAGGCAGAACACGGCCUGAAUCACCCGCUCACGCAGGCAAUGCUUGAUAACCUGUUGGGUGCAGGCCCGGCCACCCCGGCGGAAUGUCACCAAUUAGCGCAGAUGAUUUUAACACCGACUGAGAAUGUCCUGUGGAAAGAGCAGUGGGCGAGUAGGCUACAUCAAACGUUGAUACAGGCGACGCAAGAUCCGCAGAGCCCCCUCAGGCACUCCACUUUGGGGCGCCUGAAAGGGUCUGAUGCAGGGCUAACCACCCAACAGCAAGCGGCCGGUCUACGGACUGCAGAAUUGAACGCCACAGCAUGGGCAGCCCGUGAAGCGUUCAAUGAUCUGCAGCGUUAUGUGAAACCCCCCGAACCAUGGACACAGGUGAAGCAAGGAUUAACGGAAAAUUUUGCCGAUUUUUGCAACCGUUUGCAGGCCUCCCUAGAAUCGGCAGCAACCUUGCUGGGGGAGGCCAAGAACGCAAUUAUGCUGGAGUGUAUUCGUCAGCAGGGCAAUGAGCAGACUAAGAGCGCACUGCUCACGGCGCCAAAAGGAGCGUCGAUAGGGGCAACCAUAAAGCAUGUCUUGGAGCAUGCCCAGAAUGUGCCGUCCGGAGGUCACCAGAAGAAGAUGAAAACCGAAAGGCGGCAGAUGGCAAAGACCCUCCGAAGCAGUAUAGCCUUCGACCAAGGCAAUCUGCCAUAUGCUAUCGAGAGCCACUGGAAUGGUCAACAGAAGAAGAUGAAAAUCAAGAAGAGGCAGAUGGCAAAGACCCUCCGAAGCAGCGUAGCCUUCGACCAAGGCAAACUGGCAUAUGCUAUCGAGAGCCACUGGAAUAACUCUGGGGGAAAGGGAUUUGAGAGAAAUGGCAAGGAUCCAAAGAAAACUGGAACAGAUGUGGCUGAUCCAGUCACUCCAGUGCAAAUAGAUGGCUCAGUGCGGUUUGAUGGCGUGGGGGGUCUCUCUGACCACAUUUCAGCUUUGAAAGAGAUGGUCAUUUUCCCGUUACUUUAUCCGGAGUUCUUUGAGAGAUUCAAACUGCGACCCCCAAGAGGCUGUCUAUUCUAUGGCCCACCAGGGACUGGAAAGACCCUGGUAGCUCGGGCACUUGCUAACGAAUGCAGCCAAGGCGACAGGAGAAUUUCCUUCUUCAUGAGGAAAGGCGCUGACUGCCUGAGUGAAUGGGUGGGAGAAUCUGAGCGCCAGCUCCGUUUAUUAUUUGAGCAGGCCUACAAGAUGCGGCCUUCAAUUAUUUUCUUUGAUGAGAUAGAUGGUCUUGCCCCUGUGCGGUCCAGUCUUUUCUUCUGCGUUUACACACAAUCUAGCACCAUGAUGCUCAGCCUCAGUUCUCUUGUCACAACGCUUCUGGCGCUUAUGGAUGGCUUAGAGAGCAGAGGAGAGAUUGUGGUCAUUGGAGCCACCAACGGACUCGACUCCCUAGACCCUGCUUUGCGGAGGCCGGGUCGUUUUGACAGAGAGUUCCUUUUCGCCUUGCCCAAUAAAGAGGCUCGAAAAGAGAUUCUCAAGAUUCACACGAGAGCCUGGAGCCCUAAGCCGCUGGAUGCAUUUCUUGAGGAGCUGGCUGAAAAAUGUGUUGGAUACUGUGGAGCCGACAUUCAGUCUCUCUGUGCUGAAGCUGCCCUCUGUGCUUUGCGCCGACACUACCCACGGAUAUACACGAGUCGACAGAAGCUGCAGAUAGACAUCGCUGCCAUUGAAGUAGCAGCAAGAGAUUUUGCGGAGGCUCUGCGGAAGAUUGCACCAGCUUCGCAGAGGGCUGUGGCUUCGCCCGCGCAACCGCUGUCAGCCGUUUGUAAGCCACUGCUUCAGAGGACUCUGGAGAGACUCCUAAAAGCGUUACAGAGAGUGUUUCCCCAGGCAGCGCUUGCACUAAAGAAGGACCAGCAGCCAGACGGUGCAAAUCCUAUCUUAGGAAACGGCUGCAUGUAUAGUCAUGAGGCAUCACCUUCAGGUUUUGCAGAGGAGCUGUUUCAUCAAACGGCCAGUCCUCAAAAGGAAACGUUCCUUCACUUGAACAGAGAUGCUUACUGCCAGCCCACGUGUUACAGGCCAAGGUUCUUAAUAGUUGGAGAGCCCGGAUGCGGGCAAAGUUCUCACCUGGCUCCUGCAGUAAUACACGCGCUGGAGGAGUUUGCAGCUUACACGCUGGACCUGCCGGCUCUCUUUGUUAGUAGCACGUCGCCUGAAGAAAGAUGUGCACAGUUGAUCCGAGAAGCCCAGAGGACAGCGCCAAGCAUCCUUUAUGUGCCUCGUAUCCACGUAUGGUGGGAGGCUGCUGGCGUCACACUGAGAGCUACGUUUACAACGUUAUUGGAGAACAUUCCAGCAUAUGCUCCAGUUUUGUUGCUUGCAACGUCAGAUGUACGUCACGCAGAGCUCGCCCAAGAGGUCCGAGAUUUAUUUUCUGAGGCUUAUGGAGAAGUUUUCCAUGUCCAGUUGCUGGACGAGGAAGAAGGCAGAAAGUUCUUUGAGGACUUGCUUUUAAAUCAAGCUGCUCAACCUGCUGCCUCCAAAAGGAAAGCAGCUUGUCAGGAACACGGCGUACAGCCUGCAGCAUCUCCACCGGAGCCUCGACUGCCAGCAGAGGAGCAAAUGAAACAGUUUGAGGAGCAAGCAGAGGAGACAUUGCCAGCGAGGCCUCUACCUUCCCAUACACCCUUCCCAAGUGCUGUAUCAAGCAGAAAACGCAGAAGCAACGCAUCACCGUCAGUCAGCGUAGCAGAGAAGAGGAGGAGAUUCCCAUCCAGCGAGGAGAAUGAGACUCACGUCUGUUUAAGGCAACUGCUGAGUGCUGCUGCUGGGAUAACAAAGAAGUUCAGCAUCUUUCACCGGGAAAAACUACAUGUUAUGCUCAGCCAGUGUAUUUACCGGCAUCGACAAGACGACGACAAGACUCAGUUAAUAGAGGAAAUGAAGAAGGAAAUUGGAACGUUCCUUGGUGCCAACUAG